AUGCUACCUGACGCACCCCAACCCCUUGCCCGCGGCAUCGUUCCGUAUUUCCUAGCCUUUCAGGGGGCACCACCCCCACCGUCGCGCGCGUUGCAGUCUGGGUGCCGAAACGGAACCCACGACAACCACAACGCGUUGACUUAUUUUCACCCAGCCAUGACCCACGCCACCGAGUUGCCGCAUCAUGGAUCUGUUGUGCGGUUUCGUUAUGACUUUCAUUGCCCUCGAUGCCUAUUGAAAAACGACUUUUCACUGGAUUCCAGUGUCCUUUCUGCCCAGUGGGGAGGAAAUAUGGAGGAUAACACCGCAGACGGCGUCUUUUCGACUCAACACCCGCUGGGUGAAGAGUUGGAGGAAGAAGUUGGCAUGAUGGUACUUAAGAGAAUACCAGACGUCGAGGGCAGCACGUUCCCCUGCGCGCCGAUUCGGUGGGCUGCUGAACUCUUUGCUCGUCAUUACCGUUGCCACAGGCACCAGGAAGCUGCAACUUUUCCUGGCUUUCAUUUAUUGUCGAGUGAUGGAAUCCUGAAGAACUCUCCUGAGGUACCCGAGAGCGUUCAUCACCACAUUCGUCAAGGUUUUGAUGAAUAUAACAGUGCUUCAAACGAUGUUGCGAGAGCUUUCUUUUCGUUUAGAGGGACUAGGGCUGCAGAAUUCGAUAACGAACUCAUCAGCAGUCGAAAAGACUUAAAAUUCAAACGUGGUGAAGCUAAAGUUGGGGGUAUCGAUUCGAUGGGGAGUGUUUCACGGAACGGUCGCGCAGCCAUCAUUUCCGAAGGGUUUGCCGCGGAAUUUGCCUACUUACUAUGCCAGAGCGCUCUUCUAUUGCGUGAAGCAAGCGAGUUUUUUGGAUCUCAUUCUGAGGGAAUCGCGGCCGCUCUUGAGCAUGUGCUCUCCGUUAGUGAGACGGGUUUGCCGGAUUCCAUCUCCAAGCUAAGAAGCCAUCCUGAGCGCGUGCACGCCGCGUUAUCCUCUUUAAUGGGUGUGAUGCAUCUUAUGUUUUUUGUUCUACAAGAACUUGAUACCGCUAUAACACAAUAUCGGAGGAAUCCCAAGAAUACCCACUCAAGCUUGAAGCCGCGGCGGUUCGCAACCGAAGGGGUCCACAAGAAAGAAAGUAAGGUCCCCAAUACUGCGCCUUCAAGCCAUCUUGCGCCGAUUGUUUCCCUUAGAGAAUUCGCGCACGCUCUGUGGCUUCACCUUCUAGAUAUGUGGCCAGAUGAAGUGAUUUCUUUGGGGUUUAUUGAGUGGUGGUUACACCACCCCCGUAAUAGUAAUUCAGGUUUGGGGAUAGAGAAUGAAGAUAAGCCAAGCGAGGAGCAACCACAGGGGCAAGAAGAGGACUUUUUUCUGAGCACACAAGAUGCAACUUACCUCUCUGAACAAAUACAAUUCCACUUCGGGCAGAUUUUUUAUGCAGUGGUCUAUCGAAUUCAUUUGAUGGCUUCCCAUGAGACAUGGAGCCUAGUUGGAGGUGAGAAACCACUUUUUCAGUGUAGUUCCAGGUCAUACUCUCCUCAAAAAACUCGAAGAGUAAGCUACAGUGAUUCAUCCUAUAACGGAAGGGAGUCUGAACGAACUCACAUGGAGGCGAGCGACGAUUGGCUAGCUUUUAGCUUCCCACCGCUCCAGCGUCACACAUUGCCGCAGGCGCAGAAACAGGCGCCGCCCGGUUCUAAAUCUGAAGACCAGGGUGAUUUCUUUGCCCAGAGCCCUCACCCAUCGUUUCCGGCUGGUGAUAGGCAUUUUUCCGUGGAUUAUUCUGACCUAUGGCGAAAUGACAGUAGCCCAUACCAAAAUGCCUUGUUAGCCCAGCUUCUCAUUCGAUUUCUUUCCUCGUGUUUUGUGCAGCACUGCGCGUCUUCACAGGGCAAUCACCAUCGAUUGAAUCCGUCUGAGGAUAACUGGCCAAGCUAUGUUCUCUUCGCGCUGUGUCGGUUGUGUAACAGUAUCCCGAUGACCACACUCUUUCAUACCGAGCGAUCGCCAUCCUUAUUAUCCUCUUCUUUUGUUUCAACCAUCACGGGCAGCGCGGGUGUACAGCCCUCUGCGUUUCUGCAAACAUUGGUUUCCGUUUUCAGCGAAGCGAUGAGGCUUGCCGCAAAGCUAGCCGCACGUGUAGGGGGGGUUCGACUGGAGAUGAAGGUGGACUUGAUGUGCUUCGUCGGCAGGCUAUUGAGGUUGCGAGAGUUACUAGUUCUUUGGUCCUUAAAAAGUCGUGCGGAGUUUGACGCGGAGUUAGAGCGGCUAGAGGCCUUGCUGGCUCUUGCGAAGUAA